CAACCCUUGCUCUUUUGCUUCGUCUUCACUCAAAUUUUCUCAGUCCUCUCGCCACAACGCCACACUCCCUCUCAAGUCUCGAGCUUUCCGUCUUCUGUCUUUCUGCUUUUUGAUCUGCUCAUCUCGCCCUGUUCUCUAUUGGGUUCUUGAUUUUUUUUUGCGUUCGAUGCGAAUUUAGAGAAGGCGAAGAACCCAAAAGAAAAAAAAAAACGGAAUUUGGGUACAAAAAUGGAGUCGAGUAUUCUGUGUCCAAUCAAAUACUCAGAGCACAGAAGCACGACAAAGAAGCUGAUGAAACCUCGGAAGAAGGCGACAUCCGAGUCCGCUUCCACGGUCACGCCGAGAAUCGUACGGAUAUCUGUGACCGAUCCGGACGCCACGGACUCCUCCAGCGACGAAGAGGAGGAGUUUUUCGGGCGGCAGAGAGUGAAGCACUACGUCAACGAAAUCAACAUCGAGACCGACUUCAGGAACAGCCUUGUCAUCAACAACGGCCGCAAACGGCCGGCGGCUGAGGUUCCGGUGAAUCGGCGGCCGAUGAAGAACGCGGUUUCGCCGCCCAACGGCGGCAAGAAGUACCGCGGCGUAAGGCAACGGCCUUGGGGGAAGUGGGCGGCCGAGAUUAGAGAUCCUGCCAGACGUCAACGGCUGUGGUUGGGGACCUUCGACACGGCAGAGGAAGCCGCCAUGGUGUACGAUAAUGCCGCCAUUAAGCUCCGCGGUCCUGAUGCUUUGACUAAUUUCGUGGCUCCGCCGCCGAAGGAAGAGGAAAAGCCAGAGCCACCGGUUAUUGAGUCCAUCGAGGUGGAGACUAACGGAACGACGUCGGCUUCCGGUUACGAUUCCGGGUCGGAAUCUCACAAUCUGGCGUCUCCAACCUCCGUCCUCCACUUCAGAAGCCAACCCAGCAUUGAAGACGCUGGCAAGCCCCAAAAAAUUCAGGUGUUCGACCGAGUCGAUGAGGACGAAGACGAAACCGAAACCGGUACGAACAUUUUAUCCGACGAUUUGUCAUAUUUCGGUAACUAUUUGCCUCUGGACUUGCCGUACUUCGACGACGCAUUCAGUUUCCCCGCACCGGAGUCGCCGCUGUUCGAUUCGCCUCUGUUUUUCGACGACGUCCCCGCCGCGGCAGCCUCUCUUCCGGAUUGUUUUAUGAAGGACGAUUUCAGCGAGUUGUACCGAGACACGUACGACACGUCGUUGUCCCAUACGGCGUCGCCUAUGUUCCAAGGGGAUGACUACUUUCAAGACAUUUUGUUUGGUUCCGACCCUCUUGUGGUCCUCUGAGCCACCGCUGACAGAGCCAGAGUCACAGUUUUGCCGCCGUUGGCUGGCCGAUCGAUUUUUGUUUCGGACGCUUUUUAUUUAUUUAUUUAUUUUGCUGUGUUAGUGUUUAGUAGUUAAUUAUUUCUCCGUUAAAAAGUUGACGGAGACUUUAGUUGAUAAGUGAGGAGUUUUGUUCAGAGUGUAUAAUUAUUAUGUAUUAAUUUUGGAGGAUUAAUGAGAAUUUAUAUAUAAUAAAGUUAUAUAUAUUUUUGCAGA